CAGCAGGAUCCGUGUGACCCAGAGUUAUAUUUUUUCACCCCCAGCUCUCUGCAAAGAAACAAGAGUGCUAAACCCAGCAAGUCUCCAGGAUCACAUAAGUGGAAAUAUCCAAGUUCAGCUUAUACAUUCAUAUAUUGCUGAAAUUUUCCAUGUAAAUUUGGAAUGAGACCUAAGCCAAGAGAGAGGCAUAAAGUGCACCAGAACCACAGGCUAUUGUGAUAGAAUAAUGAGGAGGUAACAUCCACACACCUUGAAAAUGAGACGGCAUACUGGCAAUGCAGGGUAAAAGAGGGAUCAUAACUCUACGGCUUACCUUAAUGAAUAUACUGAAAUAUUCAAGAUGCCUAACACUUCUAACAGUGCCUGCAAUGACACUCCUUUGCAAUUUCAGCACACCCUGUAUGCAACCACCUACAUUACCAUUUUCAUCCCUGGUCUUCUGGCCAAUACCGCAGCCUUGUGGGUUCUGUGGCGCUUCAUCAGCAAGAAAAAUAAAGCCAUCAUUUUCAUGAUCAACCUCUCUGUGGCUGACCUUGCUCAUGUGCUGUCUUUACCCCUCCGGAUUUACUACUACAUCAACCACCAUUGGCCUUUCCAGACACCCCUUUGCCUGCUGUGCUUCUACCUGAAGUAUCUCAACAUGUAUGCCAGCAUUUGCUUCCUGACCUGCAUCAGCCUUCAGAGGUGCUUCUUUCUUCUCAAGCCCUUCAGGGCCAGAGACUGGAAGCGUAGGUACGAUGUGGGCAUCAGUGCUGCCAUCUGGGUCACCGUGAGUACUGCCUGUUUGCCAUUUCCCAUCCUGAGAAGUGCUACAUUAUCCAAGAAGAAUGAAUCAUGCUUUGCUGAUCUUGGAUACAAGCAAAUGAAUGCUGUGGCUUUGGUUGGAAUGAUUACACUUGCUGAACUGGCAGGAUUUGUGAUCCCAGUCGUUAUCAUUGCAUGGUGUACCUGGAAAACUACCAUGUUCUUGAGACAACCACCAAAGACUUUCCAGGGAAUCAGUGAGAGACAGAAAGCACUGCGGAUGAUUUACAUGUGUGCCGCAGUGUUCUUUAUAUGCUUCACGCCCUAUCAUAUUAACUUUUUUUUUUACACCAUGGUACAGGAAAAAAUAAUUGACAGUUGUUCCAUUGUCAAAAGCACACAGUAUUUUCACCCUUUUUCUCUAUGCCUUGCAAGUCUCUCCUGUCUUUUAAAUCCAAUUAUCUAUUACUUUAUGGCCUCAGAAUUUCGUGACCAACUAUCCCUUCAUGGCAGCUCUCUGACCCGAUCUCGCCUCAUGAGCAAGGAAAGUGGUUCAUCAAUGAUGGCCUAAAAAUAAAAUAACUUUUAUAUUGCAACUUUGUUUAACAUGUUUCCCCCUUUUUUUGCAAAUACUGAGAGACCAGUCAAGUAAUUUCUUUAAUUGAUCUCUGGGAACAACAGAAAUAAACGUCCUCUUAUGUAAUAGUUGUGGUCAUAGGGGUGUGAUGGUGGAGGCUAUAUGUGAAAAUUGUGGGAGAGAAAAGGAAAAUUGGAUUUGCCUGUUCCCUCUUUGAAAUUCAAGGCACUUUCAAGUUUUUACAGAUGUUUUAAACCAAAGCAAGUGGGAAAUUUUAUCUGAAACAUUUUUUUCAGUAAAUGAUUGUUAAUGAGAUACAAUAAGUGAAUAAUUUCCAUAUGUAAAAGUAAAUCUUUUUAAAAGAAGACAUUUACUUGUGAAUGAGAGUAAAAAUAUCCUCUUUCUAAGAAAUAAAUGCACAGGCAUGAGGUAGUGAAGAAUGAGGCAAUGUGUACAUAAAUGUCAGGACCACAAACCUAUUUGAUUAAAUGGCACAGGAAUUUGUUCAUUCACUGAAAAUGUCUUAGAUGCCUAUUGUAUUUUAGUUUGCCACUUUUAAGGUGCUUUCCACAUAUAGAAUCUCAUCAGGGCCUUCUAAUAAACUUGUGAAAAUUUCCAAUAUAAAUAAAUACGUAGAACUUCAGGGAUGUGAAGAAACUUGUCUGGGGGAUAAACAGUGGUGAGUCAAAAUGUAUCCUGUAUACAUCCCAUAUCUUUAAGUUAUUCACUCUGCUUGUUUUGUUACUUUUACUAGGUCAGUAAUAAACUAGACUUAAAUGGUGAUGACACAGACUAAAGCUAAGAAACAUGAAACCACAACCAUUUUUUGCAAAAUUUACCUGAGAUUAUCUGAAAAGUCUUGGGUUGUAAGGGUAAGAGUCAGGCUUCAGGCUGCAAGGUAUCAAAUGAUAAAUAGAUAUUGUUCUGAUACUGUCUUGAUCUACAGAGUCCUCAUGAUCAGGGAUAUAGGAAAUGUAAAUAUGGAAUUGCAUUAGAAACAGAAGAUAUUCUUACAUCAUGAAUGAAUGGGAGAAAAGUGUGUGCCAUCCUUCUGGAAAUCAUAUCUUCAGUUUUCUCAAGGUUAUAGCUAUUGUUUUAGAGCCAUCAUAUAGGAUUUAAAUAUAAGCAAUCCUUAGCUUCUCAGGUUGGCAUUUAUGAAGCUCAAUGCAUCCUUCUAAUCUUUUAUGCUUGCAAUUUAAAUAGCAUGUCAGACAUUUAGUGUGUGGAGUGAUAGUCCUCAGAAUAUCAAUUUGAACAGACUGGCUACAGAAGAGGAUAAGGGGACAACUAAACAAGGAGGAAUUUUAAAAAACAACAAGGUUUCUAUGGUGGGCUUUUCUAAUUACAAAGUAAUGAAACUGGUUUUCUUGUGCUUUAUUAAUUGGCAUCUGAUGGCACAGCCUAAAGAGGGUUUCCAGUUGUGCCUGGAGAAUAGCAGCAUUAUCAGAAUGAAUGCAUAAACAUUCCCACUGUAAGGUGAUGAUUUUGAAAGAAACCCAUUUGGAACCACAACAUCCUGCUAUAUCUGUAAAGAAAAGGAACCUCAGUUCUAAAUAGCCACAUUUGAUAUUCCCUCUUUCAAGUUAUUGACAAGAGGCAGUGCUUCAAACACAAGAUUUGUGGAUUAGUAGUGAAAUUAAAUUUUUUGCCUUUCAUUUGUCCACCAUUAAAGUGAAAUCUUUGGGCUUUUUCUGACAUGUGUGUCCCUAUUGUAGUGAGAAAAUGAUAAGAUCAAAGCAAUAAAUAGUUGUUUCUUGAGUUUUAAAGGUUAGGAUGCCUUAUACAGGGUGGGGAAAAAGUAAAUGUAUGGUUGUUCAUAGGUAAAAAUGAUACAAUGAUUAAUAAAUAAUAAUACAAGAACAAACUCUGUGUUUCGCGUACUCACUAUGGUAAACCUACUUUUGCCCAACUUAUAAUACCAGCAGAAAAGGUGACAAUGCUUCAAAUUAUGAGAUAACAAUUCAAGAUAUCAGUGAAAUUGAUUGAAGGUAUUGUAAUGAACAACAGUUUGAAGUUGUCCCUGUGCUUAUCAUGGGGACAAGAUGUAAGACAAAGAUAUCAGUAACACAUAUGUCCUUGAGUCAACUUUUCAAAAUGUCACCAAACCGCCUGACAUUGCUUCCAAAUCCCUGCAAAACAUCACUCCAAAUCCACUUAGAAUCCAUUCAGAAUCUCACAUUCUUGAUGAAACCAUUCUUUAAUUGGUUUAAAAUUAAACCAUUCUUUAAUUACCCAAUGAUUUUGGUUCAAAAAAAGAGAGAGAAGGGCUUUGAGGACUAUAAAAACUUUGUACAACAAUUUAUAUUAAC